CGAUUCCAAUCCCCAUACCCCCUUCCCUCUCUCCCCCGCGCCCACCACCCUAGCUAGCUCAGUUCACACUCUUUCCCCUCUUCUUGUUUCUAUAACCCCUUUUCCCUUCUCUUAUCUAUCUCAAGAUAGCUAGCCAUGGAGCUACACCACCACUACAACCCUUAUUACAUCAACGUGAACCCCGUACCCGAGGGUGGUGGUGGUGGUGAGAGAGAUCGAGAGCGAGACCGGUUUCCCCAAUGGACUCACGCCGAGACCAAGGAGUUCUUGGCCGUUCGAGCCGAGUUCGACCGGAGCUUCAUGGAGACCAAGCGCAACAAGCCCUUGUGGGAAGCCAUCUCUGCUAGGCUCCGGCAGAAGGGCUUCAACCGCACCCCGGAGCAGUGCAAGUCCAAGUGGAAGAACCUCGUUUCUCGUUUCAAGGGGAUCGAGGCCAUGGACGGGGAGGGCAGCAGACAGUUCCCCUUCCUCGAGGAGUUGCGGACGAUAUUCUCAGCGAGGAUGGAGAGGCUGCAGGUUUCGAAAAAAGAUAAAGGGAAGGGAGUGCAAGUCCAAGGAGAGGAGUGGGGGGAGGAAGAGGAGGAGGAGGAAGAGGAGGAGGAGGAGGAGGAGGAGGAGGAGGAGGAGAAGGAGAAGGUGGGGAGGAGUAAGAAGAAGAAGAGGGUGGAGAGGACGAGGAGAUUUGAAGAAGAGGUGGAGAAUGCUCUCAAGGAGUUUGCAAGGCGGCAGCUGGAAAUGCAGGCUCGAUGGAUAGCGGCGGCAGAAGCGAGGGAGGCGGAGAGGAAGGCUAAAGAGGAGGAGUGGAGGAGAGCAAUGGACGCUUUGGAGGAGGAAAGGAAGACGAUGGAGAGGACGUGGAGGGAGAGGGAGGAGGAGCGGCGGGCGAGGGAGGAGGUCCGGGCGGAGAGGCGAGACGCUCUAGUAACCGUCCUCCUUGCGAAGCUAGAAAAAGAAGGGUUGUAGUUCUAUAAGGGUUGUAGCUCGUUGUUAAGAAAUAUAAGGCGAUGGCUUCCCUCUUGAUCGUGGUAUGAGACGGGGAAGGAAAAGAGAAACAAAAGGUUUGCACUUUGAAUUUGGCCUUUGGUUUUGAAUCUGUGCUGCUAUGCUCCUUUUUGUGUUUCUCUUACCUUUGCUUAGAAAAAGAGUUAGGGUUUAUAAAGAAAUCGAAAAAGGAUACUGCUCGAUUAUCUUUGAGAGAUUUCGCUCGGAAAAGAUUAUCUUUGAGAGAAGCUUUGCCCGCCAUGAGAAAGGAGUAUCGGUAUCAUGAUCCCGUAGAAGCAUGCAAAUGCCUCUUCUUCCACUAGAUCAUUUUUUUUUUGACACCUGAAAAGGGGAAAAGAAAUCAUGAUCUACUUUUAUGAUGGGUUAGAUCUUUAACAGCACUUCUUUCUUUACUCAAAUCAAAGCAGCUAGUAUAAGUUCUUAAAAGAAUGCCCCUUGUGUUCAGAACUUGGUGAAGGAGAGCAGCAUGCACUGGACCGUUAUAUAAUACUGAAAUCUCUAAUCUCUUACGUUGCUGAUACCCACCUCCAAAAAUCUCCCAAAAGAAAAUCUAGGUUAAUUUAUAUUGGAGAGAGAGAGAGAGAGGAACAUGCCAUUGUUUAUGACAUACAUGUUCAGAUACAUUAUUUUCUUUCUAAGGAAAAGUCUAGUUUUUACUUUUCUUUUCUUUGACAGAAUAUUUCUUUCAGAUAGCGUUGAAAACGAAUGAGAAUGUUGUUUCGGAAAUUUGUUGAAGGAUAGCCGCCUGUUAGCCCCAUGUGUGGUAUAAACUUUACGAUUACAAUAAUAUGGAGAACUUGGAAGGGAGUAUGAAGAAGAAGAUUAGAUUUGGAUAGGAGUAUGGAGAGGUGCAGAACAUGCUCGGUAGUGGUAAUAAAAUGAGGUUUGUGGACUCUUAGAAUUCCUAUUGACUCGAGCAUAUGUGACGAAGUGCCUAAAAAUAUAAACCCAAAUGACACGGUCAAAUAGUAAUGUUUUUCUUUUCUUUUUCAAAAUAGUCAACAGGCUCAGUGAUCGAAGAAAGGAUUAGGUUUUAGCGUUCAAAUAUCUAGCUAUGAACCUGCAAAAGAACUCUAAUUUUAAGAUUAAUGGUCAUAUAAUUGUAUAUCUUUGUGAACUGAGAUAUACACUUUCAAAUACAAUAGAACUGAUUGUUCUUGUUGUUUCUUAAGUAGAUUAUAGGCUUAAUUUUUUUUUUUAUUUCUAUAUUAUAGGUCUAAGUUUUGUUUUAGAAAAAAAUCAUAUUCCUGUUUCAGAUACAAUUGCAUGAGAUGGUAAAAUGGUAAGCCCCGUUCAUAUAAAAUGAGAAGCUUCUACUCUUAGGUGGUGGUGAAAUUGUAUGGCUCGGUAAUCUUGAAAGUAAUCAAGAGCAAAUUCAAACAGGUAACUAUGAUGUAGAAAUGAUUCAUAGGAUCAUCUUUGUGUAUCAUUUGGUUACACGAGUAAUAUGUUGCUAAAAUCUUAAGCAACAAAAGGUAGCAAAGUGUUGUCCGUCUAAAUAAAAAAGACAUAAAAUUACAUUGACCAUCAUGGAUUCCAAAGUUUUUUUUUACCCUAAUUUAUGCGUCAGGACCUUAGUAUCAAACAUAUGAGACAACAUUUGUAAUUACAGGAGACGACCUAGUGUUGAUCAAUGUGAAGUAUCCGUUGGAAAAAUCUACCUACUAAAAUUUAUUAUUUUUUUAUGUGGUUUUAUUGUUUUACCUUUAAUACCUAAUUAAUGUCUUUAUGCACACACUCUAAAUAAAUAAAUUAAGUUUUAAUGUUGUCUAGUUUGAGCCACGGAAAGGUGCUUCCUUUAGAGUAGAAUUAAUCCUGCCCAGGUCCAAAUAGUUGAUGACGGUAUACCCUAAGAUACAACAAACUGCUUAGUGUUCUCCUUAAAGUGCGCUCUAACAAAGGAGAAUCAGGGUCAAACUCGAACUAGCUAAAACUAGAUUGAAGCAAUUUCUCUCAAUCCUAUUUUAUGUAGAUACAAUCCUCUUCUCAAAUGUUUAAUGAGUGCACUUAAGUUCACUCACUUAAUGCUCUCAAUUCUUUUUUCAAAUUUGGUGUUAUUCAGAUGGAAAGAGGACGUUGUUCUGAUAGAUGGAAAAUAUGAUCCCUUUCCUAUUUAUAGAUAUAAAAGGGUGGGUAUGUUUAGGUGCUUAAGCAUUCUUUCGUUUAAUACAAUCCUUCACAUAUUCCAUCCAUUCAUCAAGGGUUGUGUUCCUUUGGGAUCACUAUCAGAUCAGAUACAUCUUUUCGUAAGAAUGCAUCUCUUCAUUUAUGAAAGUCUUCCGAAGAGAUAAGAGUUUGUUUGCAAAUCAUCCAUUUGGGAUGUCUUCUGGGAAGAGAAAGCAUCUUUAUGGUUCUUUUUAGGAUAUCGCAUGAGAAAAAAUUAUAGAUAUGUCUAUAGAAUUUUCAUAGAAUUUCAAGAGAAGAGAGAAAAAUAAAGUUAAGUUAUUAAAUCUUAUCUAUUUAGAAAACCAAGUUAUUUGAGAGUAAGACAAGUUUUUAUUUUUAGCUAAGUUUAUGUUUAGAUAAAUAUCCAAUAUGGAAUUCUAAAAUCUCAAAAUUUUGAAUUGAACAUUUUAUUAAUAAACCAAUGAUAUCUCCCCAUGCUUAUGAUCAACUAGGAGGCAUUGGGAAUAUUGUUUUAGUUGAACGAUCAAGUAGACUUUAGGAGAAUAAGAGAGCUAAAUCGGUUUUAGAAUGUACUUCAGAUAUACCUAUUGUUAAUUUGUUUGCCAGUAAUGAAAACAAACCAUGUGCAUAAUUUGUUGAUAGUGAUGAGUAGAUCUACAAGGUUGUGCAACUUUGAAUACUUUAGAUAUCCUUGUGGGCUAUUCUUUAUAAUUUAUAAUUUAUGAUCUUUGUUGUUGUUGCUGCUGCUCGUAAUGCUAACAUGAAUUUCAGAGUGUUGUUUUUUUAAGACAGGAAUUUUCAGCAGUAAGGAACCUUUCAGAUGUGUGAGUCACAAAUACGUACAAUAACGAAACAACUUAUGUCCAUUCCCCUAGGUAUGCGUGUGAUUCACACAUCUAAGCUGCUCGUCUUAGAAUUAUGUUUAACAAGGUUUAAUCAUCUACUUUGCUUUCUUUUCGAUGUAAAUGGUUUGUCAAUUUGAUGUACUUGAUAAAUACCUUAAGAUAGUUAUAACUCUUAUUUUUUUUUAAGAAUAAAGCAUUAUUUCUACUUUUUCAAGAGAACGACAGAGCUCUUUAAUAAUAGGUGAAAUGAAUUUAAGGGUGCAGAAUGAUACAAUGAGUACAUGACUAACACAGGACACUGGCAUGUAGGAGAGAUAUAAUGACUGUGAUGAGUCAGGCAGCUAUGAUUUGUGGAUCAUGAAAGGGGGCAAAGGAGAGACCAAAGCCUCAUGAAUAAAUACUAGCUACACAGGAUCAUCAUGGAUUCGUGGUGUUUCUGUGUGAGGAUGAGGGGUUUAAGGGUUGCACAAGUAUAAAGUGAUUGAGCAAUGAUAAUGUUAGUCUGCUCAUCUCCUGGGUGUCAGACACUCUUCUGGAAGAUUGGUUUAGUUUAGGAUGAAGAUAUCUAUGCAUGAAUGGAUGGUGAAGAAAGAUUAGUGAAGCCAACACUUUAAAGGAAUAAAUAAUGCUUCUUUACA